AUGUCAGGCGAAGAUACACUCAACACAGUGUUGACAUAUAUUGUCGACAUAUUCUUGAUCCUGUCGAUGGUUGGCUCAGGUUUGACGGUGAUCACAUUCAUGCUGUUCCCCAAGCUGAGGACAUACCCAAUCAGACUGAUCCUCUAUCUAUGCAUGUCGAUCUUCUUUGCGCAGCUGUUCUUCUAUGUAUCAUUCGAGGCGUGGGACACCAUCAUGUGUCUGCCGUCGGCCAUCAUUCUGCAUUACUUCUUCUUGGCCGACUUCAUUUGGACGUUCUGCGUGGCGUUCAACUUCUACCAGAUGAUUGUCAAGAGAAACAGAGACGCCGAGUCCUUUGAGAAGUACUACCAUCUGGCCUCAUGGGGCCUGCCUGCAAUCUUUGUUGUUGCCAUCGCUGCCACCAAGAACUACGUCAACAGAAAGAACUUCUGUUACAUGAACGCUCAACUACCAGUAUUCUUGGGAUUCUUUGUUCCAGGUCUGUUGGUCGUUUGUGCCAACGCUGUGAUCUUCUUCUUCAUUGCUAGAGAGAUUCAUGACACUUUGAAGAACGCACCACGCUCAGACAAGAAGGAGAAGUCAAAGGAGUUCAGAGGUACUUCUCGAUCUUUUCUCGAUCGGUCUGUCCUGGAUUUUGGAUUCAUCAUGACGUUCUUCCCAGGCGGCGUCGCCGAGAUGAUCUUCUUGGUGCUGUUCUCCAUCACCACGCCCCUGCAGGGCUUCCUGAUCUUCCUGUCGUACUGCAUCAACGACAAGGUGCUCAGCAACUACGCACGCGUCUUUGCCAAGUGUCUGCCAUUCUGCAGCCGCUGGGAGCACCUCGGCUCGUCCACCACUGUCUCUGGCACCACCGGCUCGAACAGCUCGACCAGCACCCACUCCUCGCGCUCGGAGAACCUGUCGUCGUCCACCAACUCAGUCUCGAUGACACCAAUCAAAUAA